UCAAAAUAUAUCAACUGUGUAGUUAGUAGUAUAGUAAUAGUAAUAGUAUUAAAAAUGUCUAUUGGAGAUCGUGAGUACGUUAGACGUGAGCUUGGACGAUUAAGAGUCAGAAGACAUCGUGGAACGUUUCAGCUUCAAGAUGAUGAUCAAAUGGUUGAUGGUGAUCACAACUUAUCAUCUAGUUCUAGUGAUAUCGAAGAUGCACCUGAAGCAAUUGAUGAUUAUAGAAACUUUUUCCUGAAUAAUGAUCUCGAUGGCUAUGUAUUAAGUGACAAUGAUGAACAAAUUGAUGACGUGGAUAAUCAUGAAGAAAUUGAUGUUGCAGAUCAAGAAAAAUUAAAUGAUCUUAGAGAGUUGUUAGAAGAUAGUGACGAUGACAUGAUUGGUGUUGACGAAGAAAAUGAUUUAGAUGAAAUUGAGAAAGUUCGUCAAUGGGCAUUGAAGGAACCUCCACUUCCACACAGUAGAUUAGAUGAGCUCUAAGUUAUAAGUGUUAAAUUGUUUGCAGAAAUGUCAGAUGAUGCAGCAUGUCAACAAAAACGAGAUUCGUAAAAAAUAUG